AUGAGCUCAAAUCAGACCAAUGGUAUUGAGGAGUCUAAUGAUAUAGUAAAGACGCAAGUCGCAGGUGUAGCGCAACCUCAUAUGCAACCUUCCAUAGAAUUGCCUGUUCUGUCUACUGAAGGCCCUAAUUAUUUAAGCAAUUCAUCUUCACACCCUUCUCAGACUUCUUUAACUUCCUAUGCUGAUACUGAAAAUGUUACCAGCACAGCCGACAGCACUGUGGUAUCUUCAGCCUUGUCGACGCCUCACGUCGAAGACUCUGCCAGCUUCGAUGAACUUAAGGUUGAUGGUACUAGACGUUCAGGACGUGUGAAACGUUCUGUUUAUCCAGAGCAGUCUUUCUUUGAUUUUGACGAACAAGAGAUUCCUAGCUCUAAAAAGAGGAGAAGCAGGGUGGCACCGGUACAAAGAAAGUCAUCUGAAGAAAGUGAAGAUGAGGCUGAUGCUUAUGACCGCCAGCAUAGAACUAGUUAUGUUCCUACUGAAGUUCGAACUUCCGCUCGAUCCUCAAAGGGCGGAGUAAACUAUAAUGAGCAGAAUCUCUACGGGGAUUUGGAUAACGAAGAAGAUGAAGAAAUGGAGGAAGAAGUUGAAGAAGAGUACGAUCCUGCCAUCGAUUUUGUUUUGAAUCAUCGUAAGCGCGAAGAUGCUGAGGACGAUGAUCCCAAGAAAAGUUAUCAAUACCUUAUAAAAUGGCAAGAGUUGUCUCAUCUGCACAACACAUGGGAAGAUUAUGCCUCGGCUACUUCUGUUCGUGGUUUUAAGAAAGUUGAUAACUAUAUAAAACAAAACAUAAUCUAUGACCGUGAAAUUCGGGAAGAUCCAUCAACUACAUACGAGGAUUUGGAGGCACUUAACAUUGAUCGGGAGCGAAAGAAUAUGGUAUACGAGGAAUACAAAAUUGUUGAACGGAUUGUAGCCUCUGAACCUAAUGAAGAGGGCAAAACAGAAUAUUUUGUCAAAUGGAGACAGCUGCCUUAUGAUAAUUGUACUUGGGAAGAUGGUAAUUUAAUCUACAGUAUGGCUCCCAAUGAAGUGUUUCAAUUUCUCCAAAGAGAAAACAGCCCAUAUUUGCCAAACAAAGGUGUAUUUUAUAAUACAAGGCCUCCUUACCGUAAAUUAGAAAAGCAACCCUCCUAUAUUAAAGGAGGAGAGAUUAGGGAUUUCCAAUUAACAGGAAUUAAUUGGAUGGCUUAUUUAUGGCACAAGAAUGAAAACGGUAUUUUGGCUGAUGAAAUGGGUUUGGGUAAAACUGUCCAAGCCGUUUGUUUUCUUUCCUAUCUAGUUCAUUCCUUAAGGCAACAUGGGCCUUUUUUAAUCGUUGUUCCACUUUCCACAGUACCAGCUUGGCAAGAAACCUUAACAAAUUGGACUCCAGAUUUAAACUGUAUUUGCUACACUGGAAAUACCGAAUCUCGAACAAAUAUUCGAGAGCACGAAUUUUUCAUGUCUUCCAAUAAUCGAAAGCUCAAGUUUAACGUCCUUUUGACAACUUACGAGUACAUUUUAAAAGAUAAAAAUGAGCUCAAUAACUUUCGAUGGCAAUAUCUUGCAAUUGAUGAAGCUCAUCGUUUAAAAAAUAGCGGAUCUUCGCUUUACGAAACUCUCUCCCAAUUCAAAACUUCCGAUAGACUCUUAAUUACUGGCACUCCGUUGCAAAAUAAUUUAAAGGAGCUGGCAUCCUUGGUUAAUUUCCUAAUGCCUGGUAAAUUUUAUAUCAAAGAAGAACUAAAUUUCGAUCAGCCUAAUGAGGACCAGGAACGUGAUAUUCGCGAUCUUCAACAAAGACUGCAACCAUUUAUUCUCCGACGAUUAAAAAAAGAUGUGGAAAAGUCGCUGCCAUCAAAAUCAGAACGUAUCCUGCGGGUCGAAUUAUCAGACAUGCAAACUCAGUGGUACAAAAAUAUUAUUACAAAAAACUAUCGUGCUCUUAUUGGUAGUACUGAUGGAAGAAACCAGCUAUCUUUAUUGAAUAUUGUCGUUGAGCUCAAGAAAACCUCCAACCAUCCCUAUCUGUUUCCAGGAACGGAAGAGAAAUGGAUGACUGGCAGAAAAAUGACAAGAGAAGAUACCCUUCGUGGUAUAAUUAUGAAUAGUGGAAAAAUGGUUUUGUUGGAUAAAUUAUUACAAAGACUUAAACGAGAUGGUCAUCGUGUUUUAAUUUUUAGCCAAAUGGUUAAAAUGUUAAAUAUCUUAGCAGAGUACAUGUCUCUACGAGGUUAUAACUAUCAACGUCUUGAUGGAACAAUUCCUGCAUCUGUACGAAGAGUAUCGAUUGAUCAUUUCAACGCGCCUGAUAGUCCUGAUUUUGUUUUUUUAUUGAGUACUAGAGCAGGUGGUCUAGGUAUAAAUUUAAGUACUGCAGAUACGGUUAUUAUUUUUGAUUCUGAUUGGAAUCCUCAAGCGGAUCUUCAAGCAAUGGCACGUGCUCAUAGAAUUGGGCAAAAAAACCAUGUAAAUGUUUAUCGCUUUUUGUCUAGAGACACAGUUGAAGAAGAUAUUUUGGAGCGUGCUAGAAGGAAAAUGAUUUUGGAAUAUGCUAUCAUUUCUUUAGGUGUCACUGAGAAGCCGAAAACGUCUAAAAAUGAUAAGUAUAGUGCUGAAGAACUUAGUGCUAUUUUGAAGUUUGGUGCAUCGAACAUGUUUAAAGCGAAUGAAAACCAGAGAAAAUUAGAAAACAUGAAUCUAGACGAUAUCCUAAGUCAUGCUGAAGAUCACGAUUCGUCCAAUGAUGUCGGUGGAGCUAGCAUGGGAGGCGAAGAGUUUUUAAAGCAAUUUGAAGUUACCGACUAUAAAGCUGACGAUCUCAAAUGGGAUGACAUUAUACCCGAGGAUGACUUGGAGAGAAUUGAAGAAGAAGAACGAGUAUUAGCUGCUCAAAGAGCCGAAGAAGAAGAACGCGAACGAAGAGAAGAAGAGAUGCGAGAAGCUGAAGAAGAGCAAACUUCUCGUGCGUCAAAACGAACUACCAAGUCCAUCACGAAGCGUCAACAACGUCGAGAAGAAGCAAUACGGGAGAAGGAAGUUCGUCAACUCUAUCGUGCCAUGAUCAAAUUUGGUUUAGUCGAAGAACGAUUUACUGACAUCGUGAAAGAGGCAGAAUUGGAAGCUACUGAUCCCAAACGAAUUUUGCAAGUUUCAUCUGACAUCGUGAAGUCAUGUGAGAAGGCUGUUGAACAAGUUGAAGCGGAGGAUAUAAAAAACAAACAACCUCGUAAAGCAAUUUUGAUUGAAUACCGAGGGGUAAAACACAUCAAUGCGGAAACGAUUACCCAGAGAGUAAAAGACUUGACCUAUUUGCAUCGAGCGUAUAAGGGUUUAGACCCGCUAAAGCAACGUAUUGGCUAUCCUAUUCGAAGUGUCCAUAGCUGGAAUUGUACAUGGGGUAUAAAGGAAGAUUCUAUGUUGCUUGCUGGUAUUGACCGACAUGGAUUUGGAUCGUGGCAGGCAAUUAAAAUGGAUUCUGAUCUAGGACUGCAGAACAAAAUAUUUUUAGAAGAAGCUAAAAAUGAGAAAGAUUCUAGAAAUGUCCCAAGCGCGGUACAUUUAGUACGCCGAGGAGAGUAUUUAUUAAGUGUUGUCCGGGAGCAUCCUGACCUCUUUAAGACAAAGUCAGAUCAAGCGACGAAGCGGAAAUAUACUCGUAAAAACAGCGGCACUAAAACUUCUGGACGACAAACUACUUUGGAUGAUUCCGUUGCAUCCAAAAACAAAAAUCGUGGAAAGAAGCAGACACAAGAUGAUGACAAUACAGAAGGUGAAGGAGAAGGAGAAGGAGAAGCCUCGCCUGAUGGAACAGUCGGGGAAGAGGAAAUAGAGGAGGAAGAGGAAAAGCCAAAGCCUAAAGCUCCCAAGAGAGCAUUGCGUUCCAAUAGCGGUGCUAAACCACAAAGAACAAGCCGACGGACUACUAGGAAUUCUUCAAAAGCACCGUCAGCGAUGGAUACCCUUACAGCGGCUGCUGGUUUAGAUGCUGAGUUGGAUACUCAAUCUUCGAAGGAACCAGUAAAAACGGAAACUGAAGACAAUUCAAUUGAAAAAGAAAAAAAAGAUUUUUCAGAAGCAGUAUCACCCUAA